UCACCCUGUUUUAAUUUAUAAUCUUUUUUUUCUUCCUCUGUUUUUUAUUAAUUAAUUAAUUAGUUUCUUGUAGAGUUUUAUAUUAAUGGAGUUUUCCUUAGAUUUUUAAGCUUUUUUUGAGUUCUUGGGAAGCUGCAGUGAGGGCCCACCUAGACCAGAAACUCUUAAUUCAUAAUUUAAUUUUUUGGGUAUUUUUGUCUUUCAAAUUUAUUCUUUAUUUUUUUUUCUUGGAUUUCUGGUCUGGUUUUUUUAUUUUUUUAAAACAUUGAAUUAUUCAAUUAUUUCGUUAUUUCUUUAUUUUCUUCUCCUUAAACCAAAUCUUAAUAGAGUACAAUUUUUUGAUCAUUUCAUUCAAUUUUUUUUUAUCAAUAUCAUCAUCUGGGUUAUAUUGCCUUUGACUUUAAUUUUUUCAAUCAAGUUUUUAGCAUACAUUGCCAAAUUGGCAAGUCAAAUUCAUUCCAUUCAUUCAAUUUUCCGGGUUUCAUUCAAUUCACUGGGUAUUUUUUGGUUUUUUCGGGUAGUUGAUUGAGUUCUUCUCUUGUAAUUUGAAGAACCCAAUUGACAAACCUGGAAAAUUUUUGGUACAUUGUGAAAUUUGACCAAAUUGAAGGGUGCCCGUAUUGGUUUAAAGGGCAUAAAAGGGUUUAAGUUGGUGUUUUAAUGCCAAAACAUUAUCAAAAGGCGGUCGAGUUAGAGUUUUUGCACAUAACCUGUUUGUAGAAAGGUGGCUUAGAAGGGGAUUGAUUGUUAUUAUGGGCUGCAUUUGUUCUACUCUUAAGGAAUCAUCUGGUAAUAAUGAACAAAGAGAGGUGAAUAAGUCUCAAGUACAUUUGCUUCCCUCAACAACUAGGGAGAAUUCGAAUGGGUUUGGUGACGGGUCAACUAGGAGUAGGCCACCAUCAAGGGUACCUUCUGGUGCCAAUCUUUCAGGUUCCCUGAGUGGGUCUAGCAGGCCUCCUUCAAAGGUCAAUUCGGGUACUUUGUCGAAUGGCUAUUCGAGUUCUUUAUCCAAUAAACAAGUGGAUGAUCAAGGGGAGAAACCUAAGACAAUUAUUGUAGAAAGACCAUCAUCUAGAGGGUCUCAUCAUAGAAGGGGGGCUACCGUGGAUUUAGGAGUUAAUGGAGGUCCUAAGCCUGUGAACGGGAUAGUUAGUAUACCGCGAGGCCCUCAUGGCGAGCAAGUUAUUGCUGGCUGGCCUUCUUGGUUGAGUUCUGUUGCCGGAGAGGCUAUACACGGAUGGGUGCCUAGAAGGGCAGAUUCAUUUGAGAAGUUGGACAAAAUUGGACAAGGAACUUACAGCAGUGUGUAUAAGGCUCGUGACCUUGAAACUGGGAAAUUAGUUGCUAUGAAGAAAGUGAGGUUUGUCAACAUGGAUCCAGAGAGUGUUCGGUUCAUGGCUAGGGAAAUACUUAUUUUACGUAAAUUAGAUCAUCCAAACGUUAUGAAGCUUGAGGGUUUAGUCACAUCAAGGAUGUCAGGAAGCUUGUACCUAGUGUUUGAGUACAUGGAGCAUGAUCUAGCUGGGCUUUUAGCAAGGCCUGGUAAUAGAUUCACAGAACCACAGAUCAAGUGCUAUAUGCAACAGCUGCUCUCUGGACUAGUACACUGCCAUAGUCGUGGAGUCCUUCACCGAGACAUCAAAGGUUCAAACCUUCUCAUCAACAAUGACGGUGUGCUCAAAAUUGCAGAUUUUGGUCUGGCAACUUGCUUCAAGCCUGGCCAAAAGCAGCCAUUAACAAGUCGUGUGGUAACCUUAUGGUAUAGGGCACCUGAACUUUUGCUGGGCUCAACUAACUAUGGCAUUGCUGUAGAUAUGUGGAGUGUGGGUUGCAUAGUUGCAGAACUAUUCGCUGGGAAGCCAAUCAUGCCAGGAAGAACAGAGGUGGAACAAAUGCACAAGAUUUUCAAGCUUUGUGGCUCACCAUCUGAAUUAUACUGGAAGAGGACAAAAUUCCCGCAUGCAACUAGUUUUAAACCCUCACAACCAUAUAAGCGCCGUCUCAUGGAGACAUUUAAAGACUUUCCUGCUUCAGCUUUAACGCUUGUUGAUGCCCUUCUCUCUAUUGAACCAGAAAGAAGAGGAACCGCUUCAGCUGCUUUAAAAAGCGAGUUUUUCACAACGCAUCCACUUCCUUGUGAUCCAUUAUGCUUGCCAAAAUGUCCUCCAACGAAGGAAUUCGACAUAAAAGUCCGUGAUGAAGAAGCCAGAAGGCGAAAGGCAGAUGCUGUUAAAGGACGAGGGCCUGAAUCUGUUAGGAGAGGUCCAAGAGAUUCCAAACCAACCCCAGAGUAUGAUGCUAAUGGAGAAGUCUCUUUAAAGGGAGAUAAAAGUGCAAGAAAUUACAAUGCUCAAGGAAAUGGAGGGAAUGCCUUUACAGUUGAUGCACAAACGCGAAACACAGCCAAUGGUCUAUCUCAUUGCAGUUCAAUGGUUCACCCAAGUGCUGUUGGAUCGGCAUGGAAUAGAAAGGCUAAGGAUGAAAAUGAUGCACACCAAGCCCCAGGAAGGGCUUACAGCGCUUCAAAAGAUAGACCUGAUUCAAGGUCUCAAAAACAUGCUGUGACUCCAGACAGAGCAGACUCAUACACAAGGGAUGACUGGCCUUCUGGCAAAGACAAUGGUUACGUGCCGAAGAAAAACAGAAUUCACUACUCUGGACCUCUUGUUCCUCCUGGGGGAAAUAUUGAAGAUAUGUUGAAAGAGCAUGAGAGGCAAAUUCAGCAGGCUGUUAGAAAAUCGCGCAUGGAGAAAGCCAGAAACAAAACCAAUAAUGAUGUUGGGGAGGUUCAGCUGCAAUACUCUAAUGGAAGAAAUGGCUGGUAACUGACAGUAUAACACAAAAGAAACUGUUUCUCCUCGUGAACUUGGCUGAUGACAAAGGAGCUCAACAUGACAUUUGAGAGAAGCGGGUAUAUACAUUCUAAAAAAGUUUAAUCAACCAGGAUUCGAACAGAGCUCCAGUGAGUGUCGGAGAAGAAUAGGAUUGACAAACUCUUUUACCUGGUGUAUUCCAAGUGUUUAGAAUGUGGAGAUUUAUUUGUAAAGGAAAAGAGUAAGAGAUGAGGGGAAUUGUAAAUCCAAAGCCUAUACACGUAUAUGUAAACAAUGUAGAGUGCUGAUUUAUAUGUCCAUAUUUACAUGUACCUGAAAGUUUGAUUUCAUUGCUAAUACCAGUUCGUGCCUGUUUGGUUGUUUCUAAUCUUUUCAUCUUAUUACGUGUCUUAGCUGAUUUGGUCCAGUUAUAUAUACUACAUUGUAACUUUGUAAGAGUAUUAUGAGGUAUCAU